ACCUGCACCGAAUCUCCUAAAACUGCUCCGCCUCUCCAGCAUUCGCUGUUUGGGAUUGAUCAUUUUUUCUCUUGGUGUGCACUAUCAUAAUUUCAAAAUGAAGGUCGCGUUUUCCCCCACGGUUGCCGUUGUGCUUGGUCUGUUUGACAGGACUGUUGCUUUGCUGCAACAAGAUGAGAGGCAUCCGCUUCUGAGAGACCAUGCUUUUGAGAGGCAGCUAGCGCUUUUGGACAAAGAUAUUAGACGCGCGCUGCAGCAGGAGGUGGAAGAUCCCACCGCGGAAGUGGGUAGCGACCAAUGUGGUGGAGCUACGUCAGUCUCCAAUUGGAUUGCUGGAGAACUAGAGCGCAAGAAAUGCGAAGAAUUGCCCUUGAAUCCCUUUGCUCAGCCACUCUGCGAGCAAUACGAGAAUAUUGCGGAUAUUGCCGACUGUCAAGACGUCACUACCGAGACGGUGGGGAUCUCGGCGAGUGGAGUACCCGUGGGUUCGACGGUGGAAGAAUGCCAACUGUUCGUGUCGGCCCUUUCUCCGAAUCCUUAUUUUCGAGAUGUCGACUCGUUGAACCACUUUUUUGCGACAACCUUUGCCUUUCCCAUGCGCUACGAAUGCACCGAAUCCGAGGAUGAAAUGUGCGAACUCCAAAUUGUCUACAACGAAGCAGAGCCAGGAACCACCAUUGCACCGACACCUGCACCAGAGACCGUCUCAGUCCCCUGCACUCGCUGUGAUUUCUUCUAUGACGAUGACGAGACUUGUUUUACUGCCGACUGCAAUCUCUAUCAGUGCGCGGACGAUGGUACCAAUGCGACAGCUGUAGAAGUGGAAGCCAACAAGACGCAUCAAACACAAGCCCACGCGCCCUAUCAUACUCUGAGCAAUAACGUGAAUGGCAGUGCUCUGGCGUGCAACAAUCUGCAGCAUGGAAACGUUUCGUGUGAAGCAUGUUUGAACGCUGGGUGUGGUGCUGUGGAAGGGUUUUGUCUUGAUCAUUGUCUCUUUGCGGGAGACGACUUGUGCUGGGCCGAUGCCAUUUUCCCAGCGGCUAAUAGCACAGAGGUUUGUCAUUUCAAGGCUGAACUGGAGGCGGAUGCAUGGCUUUGUGGACGCAGCAACAUCACAGACUGUGGCACAUGCACUUCAACAAUCAAAUCAGAUGGCGUCAGCACCUGUGAGUGGUAUUACCAACCAGACGGACAAAGUUUCUGUGGAAGGGGCGGUUGCAAUCUUGCUGGGAAUUGUGGAAAGAAAACUUGCGAGGUUGCCACUGAAGAUACAUUAUACAAUGGUGGUCUCAAUCCCUUUUGUGAUGACGGGGAAUGCGUUGGGGUCUGCUUUAAGAGUUUCCGAUCGGACAUCUUUUCAUUUCAGGAGCAUUACGUCGGGGACGUGUACACUGGUUGUUUCAUGCAGACGGAACAAAAGAUCUGGACCACAGAGUUUCAUGUAGGGUCCAGCAGCAUCCGAAAACUGGAAUUUAAGAUCGGUGAACACCAAUCAAAACCAGAAGGCCAGGAUGAAGAUCUGUUUGACUACUGCGAGCUCAAGGUUGAUGGAGUGGCCUGCCAAAGGUGUAACUUUUGUGGCCCGAUGGAUGCUGGGGAAUUGGAUAUUGAUUGCAGCAACGUUGUCGACGAUGCCGCCGUCAAGUGUGAAUCAUUGCAAGACUUGUAUUAUGGCAUUGUCCACAAGUUGCUGAUCCUGGAAGAAGGAGCCACUCACUCCCCAACGGUGGCGCCCACAGACGCGCCAACGAAGUCACCGACAGCCAACCCAACAACAAGCGCACCUGUUGAUGAACCUGUGGAAUCCGGUUCUGCUUCUACAGUUGAGAGAGCUGGGGAAGGAAGCGAAACUAAUGAAAUCAUUGGAUUCAGUGGAACCAGCGCCGGAACAGGAAAGCCCGGAUUCGCAGCGCCUCUGGCGUUGGUGAUGCUUGCAGCAUGGGCCACCAGGAGGAUGUUGUAGAUGUUAGUCAUGACACAAAAGUCUGUCGUAUGUUAAGUGCAUAAAAUGAAUGAAAGAUACUGAACCAGUAUGUCAGUACAGUACCACAUUGAUAGGCCGCAAUCGCAAUGCAGCGAGUUUGGUCAUGAAUUGGAAGUUUUGCUC